GACCCCAUAUCUGGUCUUCCUUUUUUUUUUUUGUAACAGAAUCCCAGAGUUUAUUCAGGUUAAUAAUGUGCCCAACCUCCUUAGCAUAUAUAAAAGUAGCCAUAUGACUGAGUUCUGGCCAGCAACAUGGAAUUAGAAGUGUUGAGUGAUUGAUGCUUCUGGGAAGUUUCCUUAAUAUUUAAGGCAUAAAGGGAAAUGAACCAGCACAUCUCUGUUCUGCUGGAACAUGAAUGUGGUUGCUAGAGCUCCAGCAGGCUUCCUGGAUUAUGAAGUAACCUUGGAAAUAGAAACCAUGAUUAGCAGAGCAGUAAGAUGGAAGAUUGGAUCAUGAACUGUGGUGCUGCCCUGGACUGCUGUGAAUAAAGAGGAAAGCCUAAAACAAAAAGAGCCAAGAGAUUCCUUGAGAAGAGAGAACCAAAACUCAGUGAAAAUAUUAAAAAUGCUAUGCUGAUUAAAGGAGGAAAUGCAAAUUUGACAGUGACACAAGUACUUAGAGAUGUGUAUGCACUGAAGAAACCAUAUGGCGUUCUAUAUAAAAAGAAAAAUAUUACAAGACCAUUUGAAGAUCAGACAUCAUUGGAAUUUUUUUCAAAGAAGUCAGAUUGUUCUUUAUUCAUGUUUGGCUCCCAUAAUAAGAAGCGACCAAAUAAUCUAGUAAUAGGUCGUAUGUAUGACUUCCAUGUGCUGGAUAUGAUUGAAUUAGGUAUUGAGAAGUUUGUUUCUCUAAAAGACAUUAAGAAUAGUAAAUGUCCCGAGGGAACAAAACCUAUGUUAAUAUUUGCAGGUGAUGAUUUUGAUGUAACAGAAGACUACAGAAGGCUAAAAAGUCUUCUUAUUGAUUUCUUCAGAGGCCCUACAGUAUCAAACAUCCGCCUGGCAGGUUUAGACUAUGUUCUGCACUUCACUGCAUUGAAUGGGAAGAUUUAUUUUCGAAGCUAUAAGUUGCUGUUGAAGAAAUCUGGCUGCAGAACACCACGAAUUGAACUGGAAGAGAUGGGACCCUCACUGGAUCUGGUUCUGAGGAGGACACACCUAGCAUCAGAUGACCUUUAUAAGUUAUCUAUGAAAAUGCCCAAAGCCCUCAAGCCAAAGAAGAAGAAAAAUAUCUCUCAUGAUACUUUUGGUACAACUUAUGGAAGGAUUCAUAUGCAGAAGCAAGACCUAAGCAAGCUACAAACCAGGAAAAUGAAGGGGUUAAAGAAACGACCUGCUGAGAGGAUAACAGAAGACCAGGAGAAGUCAAAGAGAGUUAAGAAGAAUUGAUGGAACUUAGCCAAUAACUACAGUUUAAUUGUAGUCUUUACUUAAGAGAAUUAUCAAGCAUCAGUUAUUUCUGAAUUUCUUACAAAGUUUUGUUUUAUAUUUUUAUAACUUGAUAAUUUACCUAAACUACAUUAUGUAUAUUAUGAACAAUAACGUACUAGUAUUAGGUUGAAAGUUAUCUUCUUACUUGAAACUGUACCGUGGUGUGCCAUUUUCUCUCUGUGAUAUGAAUUUCCCUCUCAUCCCCCACCACACACAUACACAAAGUCCCCUACCUCAUUGGGUAGGUGAGUGAGGAGGGAUCUCCAGAACAACCACUGGUAUUAGAGAAUUUUGGAUUAAGCUUUAGGUAAAGGGAAGAAGUCAUGGAAAGUUGAAAUGGUCCAAAGUAACUGUAUACACACUCAGUACCUGGAGCUACCUAGAAAGUUGAACCCAUAUCACAAGACGUACUCACAACCUGAAUGUAUUUUUUUCUUUCCUGUUACUUUGCCUGAAUUUCUACCAAUUAGAGAUUUGUUUUGAGAUUUUAAGCUUUUUGUCUUAAAACACAGGUCUGAAAGAGAUGCCCAGUACCUGAUCAUUGAUAUAUUACUUUCUACUGAUUAUUUUAAGAGAUUUUGCUACUAAGUGGAGCCCUAUCCCCUUUCUUUGAAGAAAGGAAGUUUGAUAGGGAUAAAAAUGAGGAAGGAAAGAUCAGGUAAGUUUUAAGACACAGGACACUUUAGGGCACUGAGCAGCUCUAGGCAGCUAGAGGUCACAUGAAGGCCCUGGGUGUUUGCAUACCAAGUAGGAGUAAGCCAAAGCCAAACAGCUUGUUUUGAAAUUUUCUUGAAGACUGGCCCUGUGCCUAGGAUAACUGGGAAGAGCUUUCUACUUCCUCAUCCUAGUAUUGCACACUUGUUUUCCCUAAAUGUAGAAUUUAGUUUCCUUGAUUGAGUCCCUGGCAAAGAAGCUUCUUUAUACAAGUGUAAGCCGAUUAUGUUGUAAAAGCACUAACAUACAUAAACCAUGUGUUAUAUGAUGUAGAAAUGCUUUUGUUUUCAGUUCCACGUUAAGGAGCUCCUUAGUGCCUAUGUGUGCAUGCAUUUCUGAGUUUGCUGACACUAAGCAAAAGCUGGAAUCUCAGUUUUACAUUCUGUAUCCUUUCCCUUCUCUUAGAAACUCAUUCCUUAGCCUUCCCUCUCCAGCCCCUCCAGAUGGCUAAUAUUCUCUUCCCCAUAAAAAUGGGAGCGCUGAUAUCACUCAUUUACACUUAGUGCUUGAUUAUACAUUUAAUCAGACUACACAGUUCUGGAUCUGAAGUAGACAUUUGCAUUUUAUGUCUAAAUGGGGAGAUAGGGCUAAAUUAAAAUGAUUCAUAUCCUGCCAUCUGCAGGUAGAUGGACAGUAGUUGGGGAGACAGGCAGUCAAGAAAGGGACCUCAGAAGUGGUUGCAGUCCUUCCCCAGUGGCUCCCCUUGACUGGUCCAGCUAACACGAAGAUAGUGAUUCAGGAGCUGAAGCAAUGGGACCUUCUCGCCAACCACUUCCAGGAAGGGUCCUGACACACUGUAUGGUUGUUAGCAUGACUGAUGCCAUCUUGGGCCCCAUCAGUUCCUCCUGUCCUUCAACUGACCCUUCCUAGGGCUGUAUUGUGUAGUAAAUCUCUUCUGUUGUCAGGGGAAUUGUAGUUAGUAGAUGUUGUUUAAUGGUCAUUAGGUCCAGGAGGCCUCUGUGCUGUUAUUCUCCAAACAAUGAUGAAGAUCUUUGCUGACGUAUUCCUGGCGCCCGUGAGACUGGUUACCCAUUUGUAAAUCUUGUUUUAGGAAUGCACUUCCUGUCUCUGAGCACGUACCCCCAUACCCUAGGUUAACUAUAAAAUUGUCCCAAUGGCAGCAGCAAAUGCUUCCGGAUGUCACCCACCCAGUCCCAUCCUGUGAGUGAGCUACUCUAUAAUAAGCUAAGCCAUUGAUGACGUGGAGCUGCCUUCUUCAUUUUUCAGCCUCAAGAUACCGUCUCAGUUUGGUGGGUAUUUUUCAUACCAUUUGUCCCAAAAACACACACCUUGACCCCUAUCAGGAAGAUCUACCCCAGCAAUUCAACCAAUCUUGAUAUAAAGGUGACCACGUUUUCUGCAGAUGGGAUGUUGUCUUAAGAGUGGUUUUUUUUUUUUUUUUGGUUCAUUUUAAUCAAUAACUCUCUCAUUUGAGAUUUGGUAAUAUCAUCCUGUUUUCCUAUGUAAUUUUUAAAUUUCUGAUAAUAGUGUCUAAUAAGUAUUUGGAUGCAUCUUCAUAAAAGAAGUACUAUAUAGUAUUACUGAAAGCUAGUUUAAAGCUUUUUGUUGUAGUUGCUCUUGAGCCACCAUUUAUGUCACUUUUAUGGGGAGUGCAUUUUAAUUUCCAUUUAUCCUUGGACUUCAGAACACAACAUAUGUAGAUUGGAGAAUAUAUAUUCAUUUCAACAGAGGUGCUAAAUUGCCUAUCUUAAGUUUAACUUUGAAUUUUAAUAGUUGAGGAAAGCAGGUUUUUUUUAAUGUAUAUACCAAGUAUCUUGUAUUUUCUAGGAUGUUAAUACUAAUACCAAACUAUACGUGAUUUCAUGAAAUUUAGUUCCUUUUUUAUAAGUUAAAUGCUGGUAUUCGUUUUCUUCGUAUUGAACAUAAUCCAAAGUAGAGAGAUUAUUACCCAAAUCAAAAGAGAAAGGAGAGGGAAAGAACUUACCCCAAAUUUAGUUUGUUUUCAAUUAUCUGAUUAUCCAGCUGCUUCUGAUCUUUCUUUCCUUUCCCUUUUAUUUUUAGCCAUUUCUCCUCCCCUCCACCUAAGGUUGAGGCCAAGAAAAGAUUCACAGAAGCUUUAAAAUGGAAGAAGUUAAAACUACUAAAACCACUGCUAAAUUUGACACACAGGGAAGGUCUGUCUUUUAAUGGAAUUUCAGGUAUCAGUACUUUGUCCGUUAUAAAAAUAAGAGCCAGCAACAAUACAGCGUCUUCAUUUAUGUCCUUAAUGCACUUUUUUUAAAAUUACUUUUUUGGGAAGAGGUAGUUAAGUUUGUUUAUUUAUUUCAUUUAUUCAUUCAUUCAUUCAUUCAUGGAGGUAUUGGGGAUUGAACCUAGGACCUUUUGCAUGGUAAGCAGGCUAUACCACUGAGCUAUACCCUGCGUCCCAUCCCUGCUCUGGUAAUGCACUUUUAAUACAUCAUAGAAGUAGUCAAAACAUCCCAGAGCUUCAUUAAAGGCAUGUGUAUCCUAGUGUAUAUUACAUUAUGAAACUGUAUAGAAUAUUAUUCACAUCCUUUUAAAUAAGCUACUGUCAACAAGAAGAUAAAUUGGGCUUGGUGGCUUGAGGUUUAUGCUAGUUACUAGAAGAAAGUCAGCUUGCUUUUAAAUGUAUAUUGUUUUCGGUAGGUAGGUAGAGAGAGAGAGAGAAAGAAAAGAAAGAAAGAGAGAGAAAGAAAAAGGAAGGAAGGUAGGAAGGUAUGUUGUUUUCCUCUCAUACCAACAACUCAAGUGAUUCAAGUUUAUAAACAGCAAAGAUAUCACUGUGUGUUUCCUGUACCAGCCAGAGUGGGCCAUGUUAUGCCAUGUUAGGAAUUUUAACUGUGCCUUGGUUGAGUUGGAGCCAUUUUGUGCUUUUCUCAACUCAAAGCCCUUAGGGAAAAAGUUUUAGAAUACAGCAUAAAUGUAAGGUAGAUUUUUCUUUUUAGAUAACCAGCAUGCAUUUUAACUCUGUUCGUAUUCUGCUUCUGCCUUUAAACAACUUCCCUCUCCGUCCCCUAAACCAUUGCAGUGCCCCACCAGUACCCCUUCAUACUCAAGCAUGGGGAGAAAGAUCUGGUGCUGUGCCGGUCAGGGCCUCUGCUACUUAGUGGGGCUGGGGCCUGUAUGAAAGAAGGUGAAAAAGGGGGAAAUGGCAAAGCUGCUAGAACUCAGCAGCUGGGGCUUUUGCCAAGCAAAGAUCAAAGCCCCUGAGCUUUUAAGUUCUUUACUGGAUUGGGAUUGAUUCCUUAAACUAAUAACUGCCUCAACCAGAAGCAGAGUGGCAGCUGUUGCCUCUGUGAGGCGGGCCCUCCUGCUAAGCUGGAACCCAGGGCUGCAGAGGCACGAGCUCUGGGCACCAGAUCAGCGGGUGGGAGCUGCACCCAGAGUUCAAGUUGAGCUAAAGUGGACGCUGUGUUCAGGGAACCCCUCUGUCCUCAAACAAAACAUGGCAUGCAGUCUCUAAAAGAGGUUCCCGGAGGGCAAAGCACAACCUAUUUAAAGUAUGUUUUAAGUGGACUUGGAAGAUUCACAUUCAUCACUUGUUUAUUUUCCCAGUCCCUUAACUAGUUCCCCAGAGUCAGCUGACAGAGCAGAUGGCAAGGUGAUCUGAGUAGAAACAUCACUUUAGAUGACAGCCUGUAACAGGGCUUCUAGCUUGGCCGCUCAGAGGCAACCCGGGUUUAUGGCACUGGGAGAAAGAGUGCUAAUUCAUUGCUGUCCCCUUAGGCCCCAUUUCCAUCAUUUGGCUCAUCACUUAAAGCUAGUCUGUGUCACAAAUGAGUUUUACACCCAGCACCUACCUCCACAUAGGGAGACCUUGGGGAAGGAUUAAACUGCAUCUUGAAAAAUCAAAGAUCAAGUGGUGUGGGGGAUCCAAAAGUAGAGUAUGUGGGAGGGAAGUGGGCAGUAAAAUGCUGGGAGGUGAUGGGGCAGCGGGGUGGUGGUGGUGACAUUAAAAGAAACUGUCAUCCUCUCCUGAUGAUCUGAGCUGAGCCUUCAGCUAAUAUUUAAAAGGACAAGGCCGCAAAGACAGGGCAGAAAACCAUGGGCAACAUCAGUUUGUGGUAUGGUUCUCUAAGAGUGAUGUUAGAAAUGUUAGUUCCCAGCAUUUUUCCAGAAAUGCAAAGGAAAUAAAUGAAGCUUUGUUUUGUUUUGUGGUGGUAGUAGUAUGACAAUUUUUUUUAAAGGGGGCCUGAUAAGGCAAUUCUGACUAGCUGCCAGAAUUCUGUGAUUUCCAUGCUUAGAAAGUGAGAGUAGCAGAGCCGUCAUGGUUGAGAAGUGGGGCAUUCUACCCUCAAGGGGGUGAGAUGUGGUAUCAAAAGCACCAGACUGAUUGAAAUUACUUGGAGCCUCAAUCCAAGAAGAGGAACAUUGGCUAACCUUGAAGGAAUUGUGAGGAAGUAGAGGGAGGCAGAGGUAGUUAUUUUCUAGAUUUGGUUCUGGCAACAUUUGGGGAAGAAUCAUUACAUAGGUGUCUUGUUAGCUCUUAGAAAUAAGGACAAUCAUUGCUAAGAGCCAGUGUGGGUUCCCUGGGAGCUAAGAGUGUCAAUUAAUCCCAUUUCUUUUUUGAAAAGAGUACUUGCCUGGUACUAGGAUAGGGGAGAAAUCAUUCACUCCAGAUUUAUCAAGCAUUAUUAUGUUUCAGGCAUUGUGCUAGAAUAAUGCUUUACAUUGUAUAUAUUUACAGUUUAGAAAGCAUUUUCUUUACAUUUUUAAUUUUUCUCCUGAUUAUAACAAAUCAUUUUUUUUUUGUUAUUGAAGAGAAAGUUGCAGAGAAGAAGAUAAAAGUCACAUGUAAUUUCACCAUCCAGAAUGCCACUAUUAACAUUUUACUGUAUUUCAUGCCACUUUAAAAAUACAGGUUCUUAAAAUAAGAAUAUGACCUUAUAUUAUUUUGGAGUUCUACUUUAAAAAAAAAAGUAAACUUUUUAAAGUAAAAUAUUUUGAACUAAUACCCACAAACGGGUAAGUGGUCAGAUGAGUAAAUGCAAUGAAUUUUUA